UAUACUAUUAUAUAAAUGCUUGUUUUGACUCCUUAUAGGUAUACAACUCAAUUCAAAAAUGAUCACUGUUUCUUUUUCAUUCUUUCUCUUUCUUUCUCCACUAUUUUAGAAAAGGAAACCGACUCUAGUAAAGAUUUUCAGAGGUGUAACAAAAUCAUUGUUCUAAAGUGAUUCUGUAAUUAUCUGAUAUUGUUCUUUAAUUUUGUCGGAAUUUGAUGUGAAGGAGUAAUUGAAGAAAUUCAAGGUUUGAAGGUGGCGAACCAAAGGGAUUCAGGAAAGUUGGUGAGGUUGAGUGAGGAAGAUGAGAAAGAGGAAGAAGCUUCGAGACAAGAUACUGGUUUGAACAACCAGCAAACUUUGCAGCAGUAUGGGUUGGGCCAGGCCCAAAAUGAAUGGGUCCAAGUCCAACAAGGAAGUGGUUUUUAUCCUAUGAAUAGGAUGAUGUCAGGUUUUGUUCCGGUAUCUUCUUCUAAUUCACCUCGUAUGUAUUCUUCUAGUGGCUCUGGUUCUGGUUCUAGUUCAUGGGUUGGACACAAAAGAGGGCGUGAAGAUGAUGUUUGUAAUGAUGCAGCCGUUGGUUCUUCUUCUCUUCAAGAUAUCACCACAGUUCAUAGAAACAUUGCUGAUUUCAGAUUACCUACUUCACAUGAAAACUCAUCAUCAGAACAAACUCCAACUAGAGCUACACCUUCAAGUGCAAGCAAUGCAACACAAUCUAGUGAAGCGGCGUCAACAAAUGAAGAAGAAACCGGAGAGAUAAGAAGAAGAUACCGAGGAGUUCGACAGAGACCAUGGGGAAAAUGGGCGGCAGAAAUUCGAGAUCCACACAAAGCAGCAAGAGUAUGGCUUGGAACAUUCGACACUGCAGAAGCUGCAGCAAGAGCUUACGAUGAAGCUGCAUUAAGAUUCAGAGGAAACAGAGCGAAACUCAACUUCCCUGAAAAUGUUACAGCGACUCAACAACGAACUUUUCCGACGACUUCAACCGUAUCUGUUUCUCCUGCAACAUAUUAUUCACCUGCGCCACCGCAAAUGCAGCCACAACAUCAACCACCACCGUUUGGUCAAUUUCAAGACUCUUCAGAUUUGUUAAGAGACUAUUAUCAUUAUUCUCAGAUUCUGAAAGGCUCCGGUGAUUUUCAAGGACUUGAGCAAUGGUUCUAUGAACCACAAAUGGCGGCGAUUCAUCUGUCUUCUUCGAUGUUAUCGCCUUCCCCGUCGCUUUCUUUGUCAUCUACUUCAUCUUCAACUACAUUUUCACCUUCCAGUCAAUUAUCCUCUGCUUCACUUCCUCUGUUUCCUGGUCAGCAAAUGGAGUUCUUCCGACAGCCGGAAGAUCACUCUCGUAGUGGAGGAUACGGUGGUGGUAGCUCCCAUUUACCACCUUCAACAUGGUCAGAUACUGGUGGCUAUCCUCCUCCACCACCACCUUCUUCUGGUUGAUAUAAUACAAUGAAAUAUUUAUAUCUUUAUCUAUAUUUAUAUUUA